AUGGGAACCACCGAGAACCUGGGCCUCACCUUCUACGAGUCGGGCUCCGCAUGCCUGGAUUUCUUCUUCCACAUCGUCCCGGUGACCACCGAUAAGUCGCGCGUCCAGGAGCUGGCCGCGGCGGCGUGGGCGGAGGAUCCUCUCACCACGCUCAAGCUCAUCUUCCAGCUCCGGGGCGUCCGCGGCACGGGCAAAUCGGACAAGCUCCACUUCUAUGACGCCGCGUGCUGGCUCUACGAGCACCACCCUCGCACACUCGCAGCAAACAUCGCCAAGGUUGCCCCGGUUGGCUACUUCAAGGAUCUCUUGGAGCUCGUCCAGAGGAUAUUAGAAGGCGAGGAGGUGACCGAGAAGAGGAUCGAGGAGAAAAGGCAGCACAAGCGGAGGAAGCCACCGAAAGAAUCGGUGAUGAGCUCGACGAGGGGCUAUAGGAGGAGCUUGUUCUCCUGGACGAAGCCAUCGGGGAAGAACAAGUGGGCGAGAGCGUCGUCCAAGCUCAAGAUCGGCACCAAGGAGGACAGGAUCGCGGCCAGCCUCAAGAGGGACAAGCUGUUGAAGCAGCAGGCGUCGGAGCUUCGCAGGAGGAAAGCGCUGGAGCUGGCCAAGCGCGUGAUCGAGCGGCACGAGAAAGAUGACGAGUUCGCGGCGAUCUACUCGGGUGUUGCGCGUGUUUUCGCCGAGGCUCUGGCCAAGGACAUGGAAGCGCUUCGCAGCGACAAGGAGAAAGCGAGGCUCAGCCUCGCCGCGAAGUGGUGUCCAUCGCUCGACUCGUCGUAUGACAAGCAGACGCUGCUAUGCGAGGCGAUCGCGCGGCUGCUCUUCCCGAAGGACAGCUCUCCCGAGCUCGCGGAGCUCGAGCAGCCGCACUACGCUUACCGGAUCCGCGACAAGCUGCGCAAGGAGGUCCUGGUUCCACUGCGCAAGGCGCUGGAGCUACCGGAGGUGUUCAUGAGCGCGCAGAGGUGGGAUGAGCUGCCAUACAACCGGGUGGCGUCGGUGGCGAUGAAGAACUACACGGAGAUCUUCAUGAAGCACGACGAGGCGCGCUUCAAGCAGUUCCUGAGCGACGUCGAGGCCGGGAAGAAGAAGAUCGCGGCGGGGGCUUUGCUCCCGCAUGACAUACUCAGGGACGCGGUGGAGGAGCACCGCGAGACGGCGGAGCUGCAGUGGAGGGCGAUGGUGGACGAGCUGCGGCAAAAGGGGAGCUUGCAAAACGCGGUCUCGAUCUGCGACGUGUCCGGGAGUAUGUAUGGGACGCCGCUGGAGGUGGCGAUCGCGCUGGGACUCCUCACGGCGGAACUGAGCGAUGAGCCGUGGAAGGGGCGGCUGAUAACUUUCAGCAACGAGCCCGCAUUCCACGAGAUCACCGGCAAGACGCUGGCGGAGAAGUACCAGUUCACGGCGAGGAUGCCGUUGGACAUGAACACCGACUUCCAGAAGGUGUUUGAUCGCAUCCUGGAGCGAGCACGCGAGUUUAACGUCCCGCCCGAGAAGAUGGUCAAGAGGCUCUUCGUCUACAGCGACAUGGAGUUCGACGAGGCCAGGGGCGGACCGGCAAACAAUCCUAGUCCGAAUUGGUGGGGUGGAAGCUCGCCAUCGCCGCCAGCCGCUUCGGAGGGAUGGCUCACGGAUUAUGAAUUGAUCAAGCAGAAGUUCAAGGCUGCCGGAUACGAUGAGCCGCCGCAGAUCGUGUUCUGGAACCUGAGGGACUCGGACAGCAUCCCGGUGACCAAGGACGAGCCUGGCGUGGCGCUCGUCUCGGGCUUCUCCAAGAACAUACUCAAGAUGUUCCUCAACUACGACGGCCGGGUGAAUCCCAUGAUAAUGCUGCACAACGCCAUCUCGGGCCCGAUGUUCGAGGACAUGGUAGUCGUUGACUAG